CUUUACAAAUACAUGAGCGAACACAUAUAGACCGUAUGACUCGUUUUGUCAUACGCGCAUAUAUCCAAAUGUAUAUCUGCUGUUAUCGCAUUCAAUACACAGAGCACCAACAGACAGAGAAUGAGUAUGAAUGAAAGAAGAAGAAAAAAAAUCUCGUCUGUCAAACUGUCAAAACCAACAAUUUUUUUUUUUGAAUUAAAUAAUUUCGAAUGUGUAUUAAUUUCAGAAGAAGACCAAAAAAAAAACUAUUUGGUUUUUCGAUUUGUUUGUAUUUUACAAACGGUGUGUUAAACUUAAUGAAUGAUAGAAUAAACCGACCCUUGCAUAUUGUAUGGUGUUUGUAUGGUGUGUACGUACUUGAACAACAGAUAUUGGGAACAUCGCGAGGGUAGGAAAUUUGGCCAACAGCAAUGAUUUGAAGACCACCACGCGUUAUUGUAUUUUGUUUGCAAUCAAAUAAGUAAAUGUUAGAUAAUUUAAUUUUGUAAUAGUGAGAUCAUUGUUUUUCCAUACCGUUUCUGCGUGUGCUUUUGUGUGCAUAAAUUAAAUUUAGUGCGAAAAUUUACUGAACACGAUAUCACCGAUAGCAAUCACAAAUCAUGAAUUGUUAAGCAAUUAAGACGAUGUAAUGUGUGCUGGUGCGGCAACCAUUUUUUGUGGAUAUUUUCGGCGCAGCAGCGUUUUAAUAAAUAAGAAAAAUCAAAACUAUUACAGUUUAUAAAUAGAUAGAAAUCAAUUUUAUUGUGAUAUGGAUUAUGAAUAUAGACCUUUUCAUGGCAAAGAUAUGCAUAAUCGAUGCUGUGGCGGACGAGCUUGGUGUGUUCAGGACAUAUGUGGAAUAAUAUGCGCCUGUCUCACGUGGCUGCUCAUUUUGUAUGCUGAAUUUGUCGUUAUGGUUGUCAUAAUAUUGCCCAGCCCGUAUCCGGUGUACAGCACAAUAAAUAUGAUUAUUUUCAAUCUAUUGGCAUUUUUAGCAUAUGCAUCUCAUAUUCGAACAAUGUUUUCGGAUCCGGGUGCUGUGCCAAAAGGGAAUGCAACUAAAGAAAUGAUUCAACAAUUAGGUUUCAAGGAGGGUCAGGUGUUUUUUAAAUGUCCAAAAUGUUGUAGCAUCAAACCGGAGCGUGCACAUCAUUGUUCGGUUUGUCAAAGAUGCAUACGAAAAAUGGACCAUCAUUGCCCAUGGGUGAAUAACUGUGUCGGUGAAAAUAAUCAAAAGUAUUUCGUUCUUUUUACGUUUUACAUCGCAAUGAUAAGCGGUCAUGCAAUGUUUUUGGCUGUGAAUCAAUUUGCUUCAUGUAUUAAAAAUGAAUGGAAACAGUGUUCAUUCUUUUCGCCACCCGCCACUGUUAUUCUAUUGUUAUUCUUGACAUUCGAAGCAUUAUUAUUUGCAGUAUUCACAUUGAUAAUGCUUGGCACACAAAUCAAUGCCAUUUGGAAUGAUGAAACGGGUAUCGAACAAUUGAAAAAAGAAGAGGCCAGCUGGGUUAAGAAGUCACGUUGGAAGAGUAUUCAGUCGGUGUUUGGACGAUUCUCAAUCGCUUGGUUUUCGCCAUUUACAAAACCAACCAUUAAAUCGAAAAUCGAUCGUAAUUUUUAUUCCGUUUGAAUCAUCGUCGCCUCUGUGAUGAUAACAUAAAAUGACCACAUGCUAUUGAUUCUAUCUAAUUCCGUAUUCCAAUUUGUACAAAAAAAAAACGUAAGAGGCGAUAUACGUUGAACAAGUUCAGUUUUUUUUUACAUUGCAAUACAAAUCCUGUAGUACUCUUUUGAAAACAAAAACAAAAAAAUGCCUUCGAGUUGACGGCUUGAUGUACUCAUUAGUCGGCACCAAGCAGACGCUUAACACAAUGUAUUAAUAUUUCAUAUACUGUCAUGAGAUCAAAUGUAUUAUUUACUUUAUAAUAAUUAUUUUUUUGUUUAUUAUAAGUAGACGUAGACCGAAUAUUUACAUUAAGAGAAAGAGAGAAUCAUUAAUACAGAGAUAUUCAUAUAUGAAAUGAGCUUUGGAAAGUAGAAAAGAAAUUUAAUAAAAAUUAUGGUGAAUUUACGAGCAAUAAUAAUUACCAGUUGUACGGUGUGAUUAUCAAAUAGUCGCAUCACAAUGGAAAUUUUCAAUGAUAUGCGUUAAAUUGAAUAGUUGAACAAGCAACAGUUUGCAAGUGAGUCAAACUCAUAGUUUUUGGCCCCACCCCCUCCUCAAAUCAAAUUGAAAACCAAUUUAACAAACAGAUACAAAUGUGUUUACUUCCAUUUCGUUUUUAAUUUCUUCCCAAAAUAUAUAUGAUUACAAAAUUUUAUUGUUGGUGCGCCAUGAUU